AUGCGCGCCUCUGCCACGCAGCUGUCCAGCGUGCGGGAAAGCGUGGAGUCCAACUGCAACGACCUUGCCGACAAGUCCAUGCAGCUGCAGCGCCUGAUGGCCCAUUUCAGCAGCUCCAACAGGGCGGUGCAGGGGCUGGCGGAUAGCAAGCCAGGCCAGCCACUGAUGGUGCCGCUGACCGAGUCGCUGUAUGUCCCGGCAAAGCUGGCCGACACCAGGAGUGUGCUGGUGGACGUGGGCACCGGCUACUUCGUGCAGAUGACUACAGAUGCAGCCAGCGACUUCUGCCGCCGGAAGUCUACCAAGCUCGAGGACACCCUCAAGACAGUCAACCAGACGCUGGGUGAAAAGCGACGCGCUCUGUCGCAGAUUGACGAGGUGCUGGCGCAAAAAAUGGCAGCCGGCCGCCAGCAGCAGCAGCAGCAGCAGCAGCAGCAACCGCAGCAGCAGACGCGUGGAAAGUCCGGGUAG